CUUUUUCAAUAUCUUCAUCAAGACCUUCAUCAACGUCACGUUCAUUUUAUCUUCGAAACAUUCAUUUGAUUCACAUCACCCUUCUUCAGCUCCUACUCGAGUCGUGGCUUCCUACAAGCUACGUUGAUAACAAUUUUAAGAUACUUCCGGAUUCUCCCCCCGUCAGCUUCGGGGCGAGACAAUCAACAAUAAUCGUUAGCUGUUAUCCCGGUCGACAAAAGACGCUAGAACCUGCUUCACCACGACUAGCCGUCUCAAUUGCGUUUGUAUUCUCUCCAAGAUGCCUGGUUAUCUGAGACCUACUCUGAAAGUGGCCGGAGUGGCUGCUGCCGGUGCUGGACUGGCCUACAGCGGAUAUCGACAUUACAAUUCGACAUCCUUUUUCUUCACACCAGUCCACGCCGAGACUCUCCCAUCGGACUCUCGAGCUGCUCUGAAGAAAAUGGAGUGGAAGGGAUUUACCGAGCUCAAACUUCAGAGUUCUGAGAUGGUCAACCACAAUGUCAAGCGAUUGACGUUUGCUCUGCCCGAUGAUGAAUCAAUCACUGGCAUUUCUCCCAUCACCUCUCUAUUGACCCAACAUACUCCGGAAGGUGCUUGGGUCCCUGUCUUCAGGCCAUACACACCAGUCAGCGACAACGAUGUCCCUGGUACCGUCACAUUCAUGAUCAAGAAGUACCCAAAUGGCAAGGGCUCCGGCAAGAUGCACUCCUUGCAGCCGGGCGACUCGAUGAAAUUCAAACCACUCCACGAGUUUGACUACAAACCCAACCAGUUCUCUGCAAUCACCUGUAUCGCUGGUGGUUCGGGCAUCACUCCAAUCUAUCAACUCACUCGUAACAUCCUCAACAACCCAGAGGACAAGACCAAGAUCGCCCUGGUAUACGCCAACAAUACCGAAGAGGAUAUCCUCCUGAAGAAGGAAUUCGAUGAACUCGCUCAGAAGUAUCCCGAACGCUUCACCAGAUCCUAUGUUGUCAGCAAAACCACUCCUCAGAAUGAGACUUCAUACGAAACAGGUUACGUCAACAAGGCACUUUUGAGCAAAGUCAUGCCGCACAAGAUGAAUGAACGGAACAUCAAAGUCCUUGUGAGCGGACCUCCACCGAUGGUUGAAAGCAUUGCUGGAGCCAAGGGUGGCUUUGGCUGGACCCAAGGUAGCAUUGGAGGUAUUCUCGGCGAACUGGGAUACACCAAGGAAGAAGUGCACAAGUUCUAGACAAAAGUUGUAUUCGAAGAAAUUUCCUUGUUUUCGUACAGUGUGUAUAUUAGUAGAAGCGAGUAUUAUAGAUAUCAUUUUUCGAGUCGUCGAAGCUCAUCUCUUUCAAAUAAUG